AAUACUCUAUAAAGGCACACUUAAUCCUGCUCGCUGUUGUUCAAUCUGCGGUUCAAUAAUGUCUGGACGCGGUAAAGGCGGAAAGGGGCUCGGGAAAGGUGGUGCCAAGCGCCAUCGUAAAGUUCUGCGAGAUAAUAUCCAGGGCAUUACUAAGCCCGCCAUUCGUCGUCUGGCCCGCCGUGGUGGUGUUAAACGGAUUUCUGGGCUCAUCUAUGAGGAAACUCGAGGGGUGCUAAAGGUGUUCCUGGAGAACGUGAUCCGGGACGCGGUCACCUACACCGAGCACGCCAAGCGCAAGACUGUCACCGCCAUGGACGUGGUCUAUGCGCUCAAGCGCCAGGGACGUACUCUCUACGGCUUUGGCGGUUAAGUUCCAGGCGGCCAUUUGGCAUAGCCUAAUAAUAAAACCAAAGGCCCUUUUCAGGGCCACUUACCCAUUCAGUUAAAA